CUAGACUCUACUCUUCGGUAGAUUAGCCGUCGAGUAAUCAGUUCUUAUCUGAAGUCUGACGUCUUUUCACGACAAUGAGCAUAAGUGGCCAGACCUUGCAACACGCUGCUGCCGUUCACGCGUACGAAUUCUACAGCACUCAAGGCAAGCCUGUCGACCGCGGACGAUUGGGUCUGGCGAUACUGGGCAGUCCUUUCACUAAGGAAUUCAAGCUGAUUAUGUACGCUACGAAGCAACAAUAUGUAACGCAGGUUCCUAUUCUUCCACGGUUUCAGCUGUCUGUUCAGGGUGAUCAAUAUGCCAGCUUUUAUGACGAGAACAGGAAAAGCUGGUCUGUCAAGUUUGAAACACAAGAAGCUUCGGAUGAGUUUGCUAGGCAGCUGUUGGUAGCUAAGGUGAAUUCAGCAGCCAAGAUGGAGAUCGCUCUCACACAGGAUUUGGUGACUGGAAAUAAUGAACCUGCUAAUGUCAAUGACGAAGUGGAGUGUAAAUACACAUUGUAUCUGUUUGCUGACUAUAAAAUAGGCAAGGUUUUGGAAAGCGAUGUUUCUGUUAGUUUACAAUUAGGAAAAGGAACUGCAACGAAAGGUCUAGAGGCAGGGAUUGUUGGUGUCAAGGAAGGUGGUCACAGGCUUGUGUGUGUGCCGUCUGCUUUGGCAUAUGGCAGACAGGGUCUUGGAGAUGUUAUUCCAGCUCAUGCUACGUUGUUGUAUGACAUUCGUGUUCAAAAGGUAACAACAGCUGAGAAACUUGCAAAGGCAAAGGCAGGUGCACUGAAAGCUAAGAAGCAGAACGAAGGACAAGAUAGUGUAAUAAGCUCUUCUCCAGCGGUGGGAAGUAACUCUCCUAAACCUUCGCGCCAGAGGACUGGUGACAAUGCCAGCCAGACAUUAGUGAGCUCAUCCCCGCAAUCUGAAGAAACUAUUUUGACUCAGGAACUGGAAGGAAAACCAUCUCCUAAAACCAGCAAGAAGAAGAGAUCAGCAAAGCCAGUUAAAGUUAGCACUAGCUUAUCUCUUGCAUCUGAUGAAGCAGAGGAUGAGAAAGUGGAGUCUCCUGUUGUAGAAGAUAAGAAGCCUCUUACCAAACCGAAGCCACCCAAGGCUAUUCCUCAUUCUGCUCAACCAGACGACUAUACAAAUGAUAGCAUGGAGUCAGCAGCAAAACACAGUCAGAAAUCAGCCCCUGUUCCUAUCAAGCCGAAGCCAACAGUGCCAAAGAAACGACCAUUGAGUAUGCCUGACACAGAAAAUGUGAUUGAUUAUCACAACAGCAAGUCGCCUGAACCUUUGCCUGAAAAACGAGAUGUGGCUAGUCUAAAGGCUCGUUUAGCUCAGCAGACAUACAUGGGUCGUUCUCCUAAACAAGAGAGUCAUCUAGAGAAUCAUCCAGAACUGCCAGCGGUUAGCAGUCUGUCGCCUAAACACCGCACAACUAACGUCAUGCGAAGCAACUCAGCAGCCGCUGCUCACAGCAAACUUGACAGAAAUGGCGUCGGUGCGGGUUCUGUUCCACCUCAAGUUGUGCAACAUCAGAAUGGUCCUUCCCUGACAAAAGUUGCACAAUUGGAAAAGCAAGCAGCCAAACUGAAUCAGCAACUGCAGGAGCAGGAGCAGCGCCAUCAGAACCAGUUGUCUCUUAUCAAGGAACGAUACGAAAAACUCAAGCAGAUGGUACGUGAAAAAGAUGAAGAAAUAGAAAACAUCAAGGAGCAAGCUAGAGCAAAGGUGAAAGAAAAGCAGGAAGAGGCACAGAAAGAAGUGGAGAGAUUGACAAAUGAAAUGCAAAAGCAACAUUCAAUCCUUAACCGAAAAGUCUCUAACCUGAAAGCUGAACUGAGCGAAACUGAUCCUGGAUAUGUCCACAUCGGCACCGCAGACCUGCUGCGUCAAGGAGAUAUUUUUAUGGCAGGCGAUGAGCUAAUGUUUCCUGAAAAACCUCGGCGAACAGGUCAAGGACAGUGGGGUGAUCUUCAGCUGGCCUCAUUUAGAGGCUGUCCCAUUCUAGUGGAGUUGGUAAAUCAAAUAACCCUUACCGAGUACACGCGAGAUGCAUUUGAGAUUGAAGUGAGUCAAGCAGUGAAACUGAGGCAUCCCAAUAUAGUUCAAGUGUUAGGUGUGGUUUUGACAGCAAACCAGCCAUCGUUGGUAACUGAUAUCUAUGAGGGUACAGUUCGGGAAUUAUUAUCAAAGCGUAGUUUUGAUAAGAAUGAAGUCAUUCGUUUUGCGUGUGAUCUGUCAAAAGCAUUGAACUUUCUCCAUCUUUCUAAGCCUCCCAUUUAUCAUGGCAACAUCAGCAGUUCAGCAGUCAUCCUGCAGAACGAUCACCAGGGUUUCAAGGCCAAGCUUGUUCACGAUGGCUUUGUACAGUUUCUUGCUAAAACCGAGCCAGCAACAGUGCAGAAGAACAAGAUCUAUCAUCCAGCCGGGGAUGCUGCAAUGCCUGCCGAUGCUGUCGAUUGCUACAGCUUGGGCGUUUUGAUAUGUGAAAUGAGCAUUCGACGGUUGCCACUGCCGGAUCAGCGUGAUAAGCAAAUAAGCAGUAUCAGCACGCGGUCAACGAGAGAGCUCGUUCAGUACUGUAUAGUAGGAGAUGCGAGGGGAUACAGAGCGACCAUGUCGAAUGUGAUCGAUAUGCUCCGUAAAAUCCUUGGAAAGUGAACCUGUAUGUGUGCCUGCUAUUUGUACACCAUCUGUUACAUAUUCCAACGGUAUU